AACCUUGGACACGAGUUCUAACAUUUCAAGUUAGUUUAUAAAUUCAUACCUUGUGAACACAUGUUUGCAGCUGGAGUGAAGGAUCAUCGUCAUGGCUUUCAAUUAUACUACUACCAGGGAGCAAAAGAAAACGGUAGACCAGUCCAUGUUACUGUGUUGCAAAUUCUUUAUCUCGGAAGGACGUAACAUUGCUACUCUUGAUGCAGUUGAACGAGUCGCGAGAUCGAACCCAGAGACUGUUAUUGUGCACAAAUUUCAUGAUAGAACCUACAAUCGAGCAAGGUAUAGUCUUGUGUCGUAUGUUUUGCAUGACUGCACAGGAAAUGCUAUAUACAGCCCCCUGCAACAAACAGUGGUGGCCAUGGCUGAGGCUGCAUUCAAUGCCAUCAACCUUGAAUUGCAUGAAGGAGCUCACCCCCGUUUAGGCGCAGUUGAUGACAUUGUUUUCCACCCACUUGCUUGUGCAUCGCUGGAUGACGCAGCGUGGUUGGCAAAAGCUGUGGCAGCAGACUUUGCUAACCAAUUCAAUGUACCUGUAUUUCUCUAUGCUGCUGCACAUCCAACAGGGAAACAACUCGACACAAUAAGGCGCAAGCUUGGAUUCUACCGGCCUAAUUUCAUGGGAAACCAAUGGGCAGGGUGGACUAUGCCUGAUAUCCUACCUCAAACACCAGACAAAGGGCCUAUUGCUGUUUCAAGAGCCAAAGGCAUCUCAAUGAUCGGUGCGCGUCCUUGGGUCACACUCUACAACAUACCAAUCUUGUCAACCGAUGUAUCAGCAGCAAGAAGGAUUGCAAGGAAGGUCAGUGCUCGUGGUGGUGGACUUCCUGCGGUGCAAACACUCAGGAUUGUUUGUGAGGAUUUCAAUGAAAUAGCUUGCAUGUUGCUGGAGCCUAAUCGAGUUGGAGCUGAUAGGGUGCAGAAUUUGGUUGAAAUGUUGGCAGCACAAGAAGGAUUGGAUGUAGAAAAAGGAUACUUCACUGACUUAUCUCCAGAAAUGAUAAUAGAACAGUACAUGAACCUAAUCUCUACUAAAAAAUCAUCACCAUAGCUAGUUGAUGAACAAUCAAAAUCCAACUAGUUAUUAAUUGGCAUUGCUAUAAUUGAGUAAAUAAAAAUAAGUUGUAAUUGCCUAAAUGGUUAGAUGUAAAAUUGAAUCAAGUACUUCAAAAUUGUUGUUGUGUGUUCACCUAACUUUGAAAAUGGAGUAUUAACUUAGUGCA